AUGCAGGCCGUGUCCCGCCUCGGCUGGUUCGAGGACAUAGUCCAACAGCUUCUGGAAAUGGUCUCGCAGCAGGAAGAGGCGCUGAGCCGUUUGGAGCACCGUGCUGAGCACGCAUCAGCGCUGCGCGCUGCAGCGGGCGGCGGCGCCGCCGACGGCAUCCUGGCGGGCAUCAUGCCGGGGUCGGUGCUGGCGCAAGCGGCCACUGGCGCCGGCAGCGCCGCUGCCACCGGUGGCGGCACCGGCAGCACGCCGGCUACAGCCGUGGCGCCCGGCAGCGGCGGCGGCGGCGGCGGCGGGACGGCCAGUGGCGCCGGCGGUGGCGACUCACUUGGGUCGGAUUCGUUGGAGGCCAAUAAUCAGCGAUCUGUCACACAGCGCGCGGCCAGCAUACGCUUCCGAAACGACGUCCGGGCCGCUGCGUCCUCAAAGCGCUUUCGCGACAACAGCGCCAGCACCAGCAUUGGCUCCAGUCCCAGCCGCUCGCCCGCCACCUCUAUCGUGCAAUCCGCCGCGGCAACAGCACGGCUCUCACAGACCCAGUCCUACGGCCCAGUCGUGUCGGUGCAUGCAGUCAAGGGUGUGCUUAAGAAUAGAGGCUCCGGGUCGCCGUUGCAGGAUUGCUGUUUCUCCGCUUCGCGCAAUGGCGCGAGCGGCUCCUGGGCUUGUGACCCGUGUCCCUCCCUGACCUGUCUUGUUUUGUUCCGUCCUGUCGUGACCAGCGUCACGUCACUGCUUCCCUCUUCCGCGGAGGAGAGCCUGUCCGGGCCCCAUCCUGCGCCCGGUUUGCUCCCUUCCUGGCUUGGCGACGACAAGGUGGCCUCGCCUUCGGCCGACGCCGGCCCGCAACGUGUGAACGUGGGAUGCGGGGUCUCUUGUCGCCUGGACGCGUAG